AUGGAAGUACAAAUCAUUUCCAAACAAAGCGUAAAACCAUCUUCUCCAACACCUCCGCACCUAAGAAAUUACAAGCUGUCCCUUUUGGACCAGCUUAAUCCUGCUUCAUACACAUCAAUUCUCUUGUUCUAUCCCAUGAAUGACAAUACUUCUACUAGCAAUUUUUGUGUCCCCAAGAGGCUAGAAUUGCUAAAACAAUCUCUAGCAGAGACCUUAACUCACUUCUAUCCCCUUGCUGGAAAGAUCAAAGAUGAGCUUUCCAUUGAUUGCAAUGAUGAAGGAACCUAUUAUGUAGAAACAGAAGUUAACUGCCAUCUCAAUGAAUUCCUUGGGCAGCCUGACCUCCUGUUAGUGCAUACAUUCUAUCCCUGUGGUCUUGUGAAGGGAGCAAAAACUGUCCCAUGUGUUGCUAAUUUUCAAGUAAAUGUCUUUCAAUGUGGUGCUAUUGCUAUUGGCAUAUGCAUAUCUCACCGGAUCGUCGAUGGCGCUGCACUGAGCAGCUUUCUCAAGGCAUGGUCUGCCACAGCCAGAGGCAGCAAGGAGGCAAUUGUAUAUCCUGAUUUCGUUGCCAGUUCUCUCUUCCCUGUAAAUGACCUGUCGCUUAGAAACUCAGCUAUGCUCACGUAUGGUUCCUUGUUCAAGAAGGGCAAGUGCUUGACCAAGAGAUUUGUGUUUGAUGCCUCAGCAAUUUCCAAACUCAAGGCCCAAGCAGCCAGCUUAGAAGUGAAAUGCCCCACUCGCGUCGAGGUGGUUACAUCUUUACUGUGGAAGUGCAUUAUGGCUGCAUCAGAAGAGCGGCGAGGAUCCCAAAGGCCGUCUUUACUAACCCACUGGGUGAAUCUGCGAAGGAAAAUGAAACCAAAGUUGUCAGAUAAUUCCAUGGGAAAUCUCCUGUGGUUAGCAGCUGCAAAACACAUGAACCAGUCCAAAGCUGAAUUAAAUGACUUGGUUGGUGUGGUGAGGAAAGCAACAUCAAAAAUUGAUGCUGACUUUGUUGAGAAGAUAGAAGGCGAUACAGGCAGGGCUCUGGUGUCUGAGUUACUUAGAGAAAUAGGAGAGUUUGGCUCCAAGGAUGGAGUAGAUUUCCUUAGUUUUUCCAGUUGGUGUAAAUUCGAUUUCUAUGACGUUGAUUUUGGGUGGGGAAAGCCUGUCUGGGUAAGCAGUUACGCUAAAGUAGGUUCACUUAUGACGAACCUCAUCCUUCUGGUUGACACAAGAAGUGAUGGCAUAGAAGCUUGGGUGACCUUGGAUGAAAAGGACAUGACUUUUUUAGAAGGCAAUCCAGAGCUCCUCAAAUUUGCAACUCUGAACCCAAGUCCUUUGGACAUCAAUAAAUCGGUGUCGAGUACGUGA